AUGCCUGAAGGAUCAAAAGAAUCGACUAUGGAAACUUCAUUGAAUACCGAUGAAAGUUUGAUAAAUGAUAAUGAAGAGGAAGUGUCUGACUCAGAAUCCGAGUUAACCAAACUAAAGGCAGAUAAAAGUCCAAGUGAAGAGUUAAGUGAAGUUGAGGAUGAACCACCGAAAAAGAAACGAAUUAAUAAAAAAAGACAAAAGAAUAUUAUAAUAUCAGAUGAACGCGCAAAUUCUAAUGAAGGUAGUUUAAGUGAAGUUAAGGAUGAACCACCGAAAAAGAAGCGAAUAACUAAAAAAGUAAAAAAGAUAUCGGAUAAACGCGAAAAUUCUAAUGAAAAUAGUUUAAGUGAGGUUGAAGAUGAACCACCGAAAAAGAAGCGAAUAACUAAAAAAGUUAAAAAAAUAUCAGAUGAACGUGAAAAUUCUAAUGAAAAUAGUUUAAAUGAAGUUGAAGAUGAACCACCGAAAAAGAAGCGAAUAACUAAAAAAGUAAAAAAAAUAUCAGAUGAACGCGAAAAUUCUAAUGAAGAUGAUUUAAGUGAAGUUGAAGAUGAAUCACCGAAAAAGAAGCGAAUGACUAAAAAAGUAAAAAAGAUAUCGGAUGAACGCGCAAAUUCUAAUGAGGAUAGUUUAAGUGAAGUUGAGGAUGAACCACCGAAGAAGAAGCGAAUAACUAAGAAAGUAAAUAAGAUAUCUGAUGAACGCGCAAAUUCUAAUGAAAAUAGUUUAAAUGAGGUUGAAGAUGAACCACCGAAGAAGAAGCGAACAACUAAAAAAGUUAAUAAGAUAUCUGAUGAACGCGCGAAUUCUAAUGAAGAUAGUUUAAGUGAGGUUGAAGAUGAACCACCGAAGAAGAAGCGAACAACUAAGAAAGUUAAUAAGAUAUCUGAUGAACGAACAAAUUCUAAUGAAGAUAGUUUAAGUGAAGUUGAGGAUGAACCACCGAAAAAGAAGCGGAUGACUAAAAAAGUAAAAAAAAUAUCGGAUGAACGCGCAAACUCUAAAGAAGAUAGCUUAAGUGAGAUUGAAGAUGAAUCACCGAAAAAGAAUCAAAAGAGUCGAAAGGCCGGAAAAGCCAAAAACGCUACUGUUGAAUCUACCAAUGACGAAGCGGUUAUUAAGGAACUGAAAUCAUUCAUUGUACAAUGUGGAGUACGCAAAGUCUGGUCAAGAGAAUUGGCAGAUUGUGAUUCGAUCACAAGUCAAAUAGCUAAAUUAAGAAAAAUUCUUAAAGAUUUAGGAAUGAGAGACCCACCUACACUUGAAAAAUGUAAGAGGAUUCGAGCAAAAAGAGAACUUGAUGCAGAAUUAAAUGCUAUGGAUGUUGACAACAUUAUUCCUGAUGAUGAGAAGGAAUCCCGAAAGUCAAGAGCAUCUAGAGGCAUUUUUAAUCCUACGGGUCGUCGCGCGACUCAUUAUGAUGAGGUCGAUGAAGAUUAG